AUGUCGGCCUCAUCAUUAGCAUCUUGGAUUCAUUCAUUGAUCUACACCAUCAUACCAACCACAAGCCUUAGCCCCGAAUCUGAAUCUUGUGUACCGACGGCGACGAGUAGUCAAUACGGCUUGAAGCCGUUUGAGGAACUCGAACCACAUGUUCUCAAGCUUGCUACGGAGAGGGUCUGGCCAGGCAGUAAAGCAGGGGACAUCACAGUGCGGAAGAUAGCAUUGGGAGGGUUCAACCGAAUCAUUGGGCUAAAAAGAAAAAAAGAAGAGGUCAUUUUGCGACUUCCCAGUACCGAAGGAGCUGAUGUCAAUGCCGAAGUAGGCAUUUUGGACUUUGUGCGCAGGCACACCACGAUCCCGCUGCCUGAAGUCGUGUCUGUCGACGAUAAGACCGACAACGAUUUGAAUUCCAAGUACUGUGUUCAGCGACUUCUUCCAUCAGGAACGGUUCUCAGCUUAUACCCGGGAUUGACUCACUCACAAAAGUGUCAAGUUGCCCGUGAGUUAGGCAACGUAAUGAGCCAAAUGCUCGCCGUGAAGAGCAACAUCGCUGGUAGAAUAUCUGGUCGACCACUGGACAACCCAUCCACCUUAGACGACUCAUCUACCUUAGACGACUCAUCUACCCCGGACAACCCAUCCACCUUGGACAAUCUAUCUACCUCGGACAACCCGUCCACCUUGGAUAACCCAUCCACCUUGGACAACUCAUCUACCUUGAACGACUCAUCUACCUUGAACGACUCAUCUACCCCCACCAAUACAUUUCUCUCAAAAGUCCGCUCCUGGAUUAAUCGAGGCAUUUCCCUGGAGUGGAUUCUGGGGGAGGACACUAUCACCCUCCGGCAAUCUCACGUCCCACGAUCUUUAUUUCUUAUCGAACCUCUUCUUCCCAGAUUCGAUGGUCUGACUACGGAAGAGGCUGAUCGUCGAUUCAAUGACGCCGGGUUUGGAGUAGCCUAUAGUGAUCCUGUUUCCGUGAGACCCUACCAGGCACAGGCACCACAAGAGUCUACGCUCGAUCUGCUUACUACUCUGUGCAAGAUCAAUAAAGCCAACAAUAUUCUCCUUUGCCCAUGGGACGCAGGGUUGCCGCAUCUGAUGGAUCAACUCGUCCUCAUGGCAGAGCAGCUGGCAGCUCAAGGGUGGCUGAAUGACCGCAGCUAUUCACUGUGCCAUCUUGAUUUUCAUCCACGCAACAUAUUGAUUAAUCCCGAUGCCCGAGAGAUCAUCUCCGGGAUCAUCGACUGGGAUAGCGCGUUGUUCCUUCCUACAUUCAUGGCAUGUGAGCCUCCUAUGUGGCUUUGGGCCUGGAAUGAUGAGGAUGACGAAGAUGAACGACACGCCAAUGACAUACCGUCGACACGUGAGGAUCAAGAGAUCAAGGCAAUAUUUGAGGAGGCUGCAGGGGAAACCUACUUGAAGUUCGCCUAUGAUCCGUCUUACCGCCUAGGAAGGCAACUUGUCAAGUAUAUUAUUGAAGACGUAA